AUGGAGGAGGCAGGAGUCGGGCUGUCCCGGAGAUCCCAGAGGCCGCCAGCAGCUCUCCGGCCUGGGGGCCGCCACCGGCCUUCUUGGGAAAAGGGUCCAGACUCUGAACUGAAGUGGGGAAGUGGGGAGGCCGGGGCCUUGGGGGCACAGCUGUGGUACAAGGACGGCGACUUUGCCAGCCUGACUCUUUCCCUCCUUCCCUUAAGCUCCACCCACUUGUCUCUGGACUGUAGCACAGGGAGGCCCAUUUCCCAGAAGAGAUCAGCAUCACCCACGUAUCUGUGUCUUCUUCCCACAGAGGCAAACUGCUCUUACUUCAGAUUCUUCACCACGGGGGAGAACAACCGGAUCCUGCAGAGGACAACGAAAAAAGAGCUCGGAGUAGCCGCCGCCAUCACUGCCACUCUGGCCCUGGCCAUCACGGUCCUCGGCUGCAUCUGUGUCAUCAUGGUCCUCAGCAAAGGCGCCGAGUUCCUGCUCACGCACGCAGCCGUCUUCUUCAGCCUCUCAGGACUUUUGUUGCUGGUGAGCCUCGAGCUGUUCCGCCAGGGGGUCCGCGAGCUGCUGGCCAGGACCGGGCCAGGCCCAGCCCCUUGGCUGGGAUAUGAGUACUCCUGGUCAGUGGCCUGUGCUCUUGCAGCUGCUGCCCUGCUGCUCCUGGGGGGUGGCUCCUUCCUGCUACUGUCUCUGCCCUCCAGCACCUGGGGCACGUGCUGCCAUCAGCAUCCCGAUGAUCGAGGGGCUGGAGGUGCCGGGGCCACCUAA